AUGUAUCCCUGGCACGAACGUCUUAAUGCCUGGGCCAAUGGCACGGGGAUUCACAUCGAUGCUCUCGGUCUUGUCACUCUAUUGGGUGCCGAGGAUAUGGAUCGCAUUGUCGGAAGACUUAUCCCCAGCCCAUACCUGGAUUACUUGCCCCUGCUGGGCGCCUUCACCGUCUCCGCCAGCCAUUUCACAAGGAAACAAUCAGGGUUUAUACUUUACAGCAUAUCCGAUGGAAUGAUGACAACGGAGCUAGCCGGGUGGUUCUCCCGGUGGCUCCAAACACAAGAGUUUGAUCGAGUACGCAGUAUAGUCACAUGGCAAGCAGGACGCCAGCCGCCGCAGCUGCAGAGGUUCUUCUUGGGCUUUUUGCUCAUCGCAUUGCCUAUACAUGGAAUGCUCAUCGCUCUGACCGUACUUGCGGCCGACUGGUGGGGACUUGCCAACGUAGUGUCUAUGAUCGCCUCGGUGGUAGUCCGAUGCGUCUUAGUUAGUGAAAUUCAGGCCGGAAUUGAUAGAAGCAUACGAAAGUCUGAAGAGGCUGCCCAGAAAUACAACUAUCCCCUGAAAAGGGCCAAGUACGACGAAGCAAAGACGAAACUCGAGAACAUUCGCCAGAUGGGUCAGCCAACUGAGGGUAUGAAAGAACCCAUUGCACCGAAAGACCAGUACGAGAUUGUCAAGAUAAUUGUCGUGACGGACGAAUCAAAAGCCGUUACCAUUCAAGCCCCGCGAUAUCUGACCAAAUCGGUCUUUGCAGUCAGUCCCGAGGCACCUAAUCCGAACACCUACCGUGUGUUUCAGGCCAUUGGCUGGGUUGCCUUUGCAGUUCAUGUCAUCAGCAUCGGCAUGGCCCAGCUAUACACACAGAUUGCCUCUGUGGUUCUUAUUCUAGGCGCAACCAUACUCACGGCCUAUAAAAUUGGGUGUGAGGAUUCGAGACCAUGGCAGUUCAUUCGGAGGGCAAUUCAUGAGGAAGACCAGGGAUACAGCUGCCGGCUGACCUCAAAUUUAAAAGCCACUGUUUCCACCUACCCCGCGGACUAUUGUGAAUGGCAAGAAACGGCAGAGGCCUGCGAUUCAUUUACCGCGCAGGAGAUGGAUAAAAACAAUGCUGGACUGUCGCGGGAUAGUAAGAGAGUGACAGUCAACGACGUUGAGAAGAGUCAGUCUCCAACGAGGCCCACAACGCCAGGCCGCCAGGAUCUAUAUGCGUGGCUAGACCUGACAGAGGCAGAGGACAAAUGCUUGAAUAUCUGGGGGCUGAUACCUCACGACCCGGAGUGGGUGGAUCGAUACCUGGAGAAAAAGAUGUUUCAUCGUCGACGAAUGGAACGAAAGAACAUUCUGGAGACUGAAAGUUAA